AUGACGGCGAGAUCUGAUUCCGGUGAAUCAAUUUCAGAGGCUACUUCGAUUUCUAUGGAAGAAUUUGUAGAAAACUCGCCGAAGAUCGUUUCUUUUCCGCCAUUAGAGACCGACUUUGCUGAAGAGAUGACCCCAGAGAAGCAGGUAAAGUCUUCGCCUUUUGCUUCUGUUUCUGAGAAAGAUGGAGAAAUCAUUCAAUCCGAUUCUGUUCAAGCUUCUUUCUCCGAAACAAGUUCGUUGCUUUCCAAAGAACCCGAAGCGAUGAAUGUGGAUUCUCCUCAAGCCCUUUCUUUACCUGAAACUGGUUCGACGUUUCUUGAAGAACCCUGCUCUGAGAUUUCUAAAGAAGGCGAUCAAUUUGGAGAAGAUGAUGAUAUGCGUAAGAUCGAGGAAGUUGUUGGGUCCGUUGUUUCUAUCUCUGAAACUCUAGGGUUUGAACAGGAAAGCUUGAUCUCCGAGAAGAAAGAACAAGAUUGCGAUGCUCAGAGACUUUUGGAGGCAGAGAAGAGAAGAUUGUUGGCUGAAAUCGAAGUUGGGUCAAUUUUCAAGAAGAUGGUUGAUGUUGACUCUAAAGAGCAUCAUGAGACGAAGGAAAGAGUGAGAGUUAAGGAUAAUGCUUUUGUUGGGAGAUCUAUGAAGAUCGAAUUGGUUGAUGAUACUGCGUUGCUUAAUGUUGUUCCUUUCUACAAGAAAGGUAAAGAUCAUCAUCCUAAGAGACCAGGAACUUCACACGCUGAUAAGGAUGCACCAAGAAAGCAUAAGAAAGUCGGAGAGAAGCCAGUUGGUGAGAAGAAAGAUAAGGGAAAUGCAUCAACCAAAGUUUCUGAAUUUCAGAACCGUGGUGAUACGAAUGGGAAGCAGUUGCGGAUAAUGUACUCGAGGAAACAAAUGGAGUCGAUGAGGUUUGCUCACGUUGCGAAUCAGAAGAAACUGUGGAGUGAUAUGUAUGCUAAGCUCCUACCUGAGCUGGUUAGUGAGUACGAAGGUCUAGUUAGCUUGAAGAACCAGAAGACUUCAAAGGCUAAUCAGAGAGAGAGUGGCAUCGGUAUUCUCGGUACCCUCUACUUACUUUACUUUUCUUUUAUCUUAUCUGCUGCAGUUUGUGUUGUUGCCUGUUGUUGA